CCAAAGUUUUAGUGUGCGUUUGUGAACUGCGUUACAAGCAAGGAGAAAAUGGCUGCUGAACGUGGAGCAGGAACUGCAAAACAAGGUUCCGAUCAGCACAUGAAGAUGGGAGAGUAUUGUGAACAACUUCGCAAAUGGAUGAAUGAAUUGCAUUGCUGGCAAAGUUUUCAUCAAUACAACUCAAUGAUGAUGGCAUAUCAAGCACAAAUGCCAGCUUUACAAUCUGCAGAAAGUAACUUGCAAGAUGGACUUCGACAAAGACGUGGGCAGCCCAGAGCUGAACAAAACGAUGCUGCCGAUCUUCGCCGUUUACCGGCUUUUGUUCUUCCAGUGCCUCCCAAUGCUCGUGAUGUUGCGAUCAUUGGUAAUCCAAAUGGUCCGGAUUUGUUAUCUGCUCAGUUCACUGUUGCAUCGUAUGUGCGUCGCUUUUGUGCCGAAGUCAUCGACUUCUUCUUCGCGUUCAUCAUCAAGCUUAUGCUCGUGUAUUAUUUGGUAGAGCUUGAAAUAGUUGAUUUGAGUCGUUUUGACAAGCUAUUCGGCAAUGAAGCUGACCUUCAAACCCUCGUGGAUGUAACUCAAGAACUUUUCCCGCUGGAACUGCUAGGAAAGCUGAUGUGCAGUUUUUUGGAGGCCUUAUGCUUGUCACAGUCUCUGUUCUCUCGUUUUUCUGGGCAGACUCCUGGAAAAUAUGUGAUGGGAGUCCGUGUGAUCGAUUGUGGAAACGUGUUGCAUGUUGCUGGAUCGCCGCCGAAUGUUGUUCGAGUUACCGGAUCGGUCUUGAUUUCUUUCAGAGCGGCGGUCAUGCGUUCGCUUCUGAAGAACAUCCUCAUCAACUCUUUGGUUCCAUUCAGCACAGUUGCAUUUGCAUUCAAUUUUAAUCGCGCCAUCUACGAUAUUGUGGCGAAAACCAUUAGUGCCGGAGAUGUGCCGGUACUGAAGCAGCGCAAGGACAGCGUUGUACUAUUUCGGCAGUUGUCUCAGCUAAUCCCGAACAUUACACGGUCAUUUUGUGGGGAAGGGACAGAUAGCGGACCUCGUUCUCAGCCAGGUCGUUUCCCUCCUUCGGACGAUGAGACGACCGGGGUGGAGGAUCUCAAGGACCAUGUUAAUAUGAACGAAAGCAAAGUUAUCGAUAAUGAAGGAAAAACGGAAACAUCGAUGGUGCAGAAAAUAUCGGAAGAGCAAAAGACCGCAAUUGCAGAGGAUAUCUUUGAUUUAUCCGUAAAGCCGACAACUGAGAAGACCGAAGAGAAGACUACAGAAGUGUGUACAGAAAAUGAAACAAGUGUAGAAAACAUCGACCAGGAUAAAAUUGCUUCACAACGGCUAGAGCAUCAAGAGGCUAAAAAGAACGAUGUGGAGGAGAAAUCAAACGUGAAAGAACGUCAAGUUUCGUUUGACCUAUCGAAAGAUGACGCUUUGGUGGUGGACGUUUCGGAAGAUCUACUGGAUGCUGAAGUAUUUCCGAUCACAAAGGAGAUGUUGCCUGAGGAUUUCCCUUACACAGAGCUAAAACCAUUGGAGAGCAAAGAGGAAACGUUGCUGUUUACCGACGACCGCGAUUACUGGCCAUCGCCGGUUGCCGUACGACAUCUUCGCGAACGUAGCGAUAAUAGCGUACGAAUGCGGCCAAGCCGAUUUUCCAUCGAUAACUCAUGUUUCGACUUAGGUGACAAUUCUACUGAGGCAUCGUUAGCUGGCACACCUAUCGAAAAGGUCUUUCCGAAAGAUGUUUUCGCAUCUCCGAACAUUGGUGAACUUAUACGAAAACGCUUCAACCAUCGCUCUAUGUCGGCUGAUGAUUCAACGCCAAAAAGCAGCAACACCAGCCUAGGGGUGGAAGAUGAGUGCUCAUCCCCAGAUGUGACUUCACCGUUGGAAAAUGACAUCUUCAAGACUGGUGGCGUCACAUUCGCAUUGGAUACAACCGAAUCGGAUGGAACAUCGAUGAGUCCGGUGUCAAGCAGUGAAUUGGAAUCUCCGAUUGAUCAGCCCACUGUAGUGAGCUCUCCACAUCCUCCGCUUUCUCUGAAUUCCGACAGGCACUCUGCUGGAUUACCAGAAUCGCUUGUACCUACUCGAGUACAAGAACUUCGGCCAUCUGUUAAGUUACAACCAAAUCAGUCUAUGGAUGAAAUGGAGGAGUCCACAUCAACAACUGAAACGACGCGAGCUGCUCCUGCAACUAGUUUGCACAAAAGGGAGUCAUCAAUGAAAAAGGCAGGACGUCGUUACGGUAAUUUGCGAGUAAUCGAAGUUCUACGGGUUCGAUUACGAUGCAUACGUGGUGUACAUGUGACACGACCUCUGUAUGUUGUGGCAAAACUCGACGCUCGUGACAUCCAUCAUUCUGGAGCGCUUCAUUUUCACGACAGUCCAUCAUACUUGGACGAGUUCAGUUUCGAAGGAUCUGUGCCGUUCACAAAUCUACAUCUGGUGAUUCUUGAAGGUUCCCGAGCUCCUGGAAAAGCGCCACGACCGAUCGGACGAGUCACCUUGCAUCGAGCAGAAGUAGUGAAUCAUUCCGGUCGUGAACUGUCCUUGCCCCUUCGAGUGGUGAGCAAAAGUCGUGAAGUGACUGGACAAAUCUGUAUUGACAUUCGCAGACAGGGAUCAACAUUCGGAAUCAGAGUUGUCGAUCAUUCCGGCCUGAACCUAAAAGAUCCGAACGAACUCUACUUGUUGGUAUCACGUCAUCCUUCGAAGGAGACAAAGAAGCUGCGAAUUGCUUCAGCCGGUCACAGUAGUGAAUGGCUGGAGAUGGGAUGUGAUGAAGCUGGACCAUUAGCGUUACGAAUGAGUCUUUGGCAGGAAUUGUUGCGCGGCUUAAGCAGCGCAUUUCACGGACAAAUACGGGUCGAUGUCGAUGAAAGAUGGACAAACGGACCAUCAAAAUGGUUUUACCUCCGUCCUCGUCAUAGUGAUCAUCAACAAGAAGGAAAGACCGCUUCACAUAAACAGCAUUUGGGCGAUGUGAAAUUAUGGAUGUCCUAUACGGCUGAUCAUGUUCUUCCUCUUGAAAACUAUAGUUACUUAAUGACGUCUAUUGCUGCAUCUCCUAGUGUUGAACCAUUUUCUGCGUCUCUAAUCUCAUUACUUGAACAUUUACCUAAGGUUGAUCUUGGUCAUGUUGCUAGACCGAUUGUACAGGCUAUGGCAAGCACUCAAGAAUUACGGCCUCUACUUAAUGCUUUGUAUGCUGCUGAUAUAGAGCGAUGCCAAGACCUCAACACUCUAUUUCGCAGUCAUACACUCGCCAGUAAAAUGCUCUAUGAACUUCUGAAAAUCUAUGGGCAUUCCUAUCUGUUGAUCUCAUUAAAGCUAGUUAUUGAUAAGAUAUAUAAAGAAAGGCGUUGCUGUGAAAUUGAUCCUAGUCGUCUACCUCAAGGUGAAUCCCUCGAUAAAAACAUGACAAUGCUCCUUUCCUAUUUUGCUCUCGUUUUUUCUCGUGUUGUCGAAUCAGCAUCGCGAUGUCCCCCUCCGAUUAAGACUGUCCUAUCAGACUUGAGGAAAGUCGUGCGCGAGAAGACAGGCCGUGCUGAUGUCGAACUCCUCGCCUUGUCCUCGUUUCUUAUCAUGCGAUUCUUCGCUGCAGCUGUUUUGAGUCCGAAAUCUUUUGGGAUCAAACACGAACAACCUGAGCCGCGCGUAGCUCGAACGCUGGUUUUGCUAUCGAAGAUGCUGCAGCGUGUGGCCAACUGCUGUGUUAGUUUACAUCCACUGACUACGAAGGAAGCAUGGCUGUCAUGUGUUCUGGAGAAGGUCGUCGACGAUGUGCAUCGGCAGGCUAUGAGCGAUUUUCUUGAUCGGGUAUCCUUGGAAACAAACGAUCCUGGUCCACCGAGCAAGAGUACGGCAAUUUUGAAAGAGGGGUCCCUGAUUGAAUGUCGAUCGCGUUCUCGACCUUCGUGGCGGCCGGUACUGUUACAGAAGCGACGUGCUGUCAUGUUAACUGACUCAGAACUGAUUUGGCAGAAGUCACAGGAGGAUAUCUCACCCAAGGGCUCCAUGUUGCUGUCUGACAUCCGCUCCGUUACAUCUGACAAGAAGAACUCACUGAUCAUCAAGAGCGACGGACGGCAAGUGGUCUUCCAAGCUUCUGGUUUGGCUGAUGCUGCAGACUGGAUAUCUGCAAUAGAGCGGCAACGAACGCGUUUGAGGAGAAGGACAACAAGGGGUGACCUGAGAGAUUUAUACGAAGGUGACAUCGAACGGGAAAUGGAGUCAUUGCAUGUUCUUCUCACUGAACAUCUGCAAACACUCGCACAGUGGCAGGAGCAUCUUGAGACUGACAAACCACUUCCUGAACAUUGCCCACCGUUGCCAAAAUCGCUAGAUGGUAGCUUGUAUGAGGGUAGUGCUCGAGAAGCUCAUCGGACCACCUUGUCGCGGACGAUCGCUGCUACGAUUGCUGCAACUCACGAACUGGAAAGGCAACAUGAAGAGUCGGCUGCUGUGUAUAUUCAACAGAUGAACCAAAAACCAGGAACAAAAGAGAAUCCAAUCGGCGACGAUAAUUAUCUGUUACUAAAGCGAAAUCUCUACGCGGCUUCAUAAUUUACUCUUUAUAUUUUCUCUAACCCUUUCGUCAGCUCAACAAAGAACUCAUUUUUGGCGGCCAUGUGAGAUGUUGCAAUUAACAGCUCAGGAUGCCUUUUUUACAUAUUCAUCUCUUCUGAAUACUUCUUUUUAUCCUCAUUUCUAGCUCAGGCAUAUGUAUGUGAAACCUGUAUGAUUCUUGUCUACUUUUUCGCUACCUACAAAGUGUCUCAAAACAUUUGUACACAUUCUAUCCGCCUUUUGUACCGUAAUUUUACAGUAAUCUAGUGAUAAUAUGAGAAUGUAUGCUGAUAAAUAGAAAUGGAGGAUGUGUACAUUGUUUUAGACAUUUGCAUAUGCCAGUUUCUGCUCCUGCAUCACUUGUCAUGGAACAAUGCCAGUAAUAAUUUUGAUAACAAAAAUUAGUUGAAGUUAACAGAUCAUUUUUCGGCACUCUCAUUGACCGAUCAGCUUAACAUUUAGUACUUUCCUAAAAAUAGAAAUGAGUAUUAUUAUAGGCUAGCAUAGGCACAAAAUAUCAAUGUUGUUCCCUCUUUACGAUCUCAAGAUGUGUUGUUUUGUUUCGGAUAUUUUUGUCAAUAUUUUCCUGUUUAUCGCUCUGUAUCAUUGUACUGUAAGCAAUAUGUGUCUUAGUAUUUUCAUAUCAGGAAGUAUAUGUUUCCGUUGUAUAUGAUACCAACAGCAUUUUCACUUUUGCUAAAACCAUUGUGAUAAUAAUUGUAACCCAAUGAUUGAUUCAAUCUCCAGUCAUAUGAACACUGUUCAGCUCUUCGCACGAGUAUAGAGAUUUUGCCGACUAUUGUAUGUGAGUUAUGCAAGUUAUAAAGUU